GGGAAACCCAAUCGCUGUUAUUAACUUAUCCCGAUACUACCGCCAUGCAAACCUCAGCGUGCCGAGGUACGCGUUCCGUCUGUGGUCAAACGUUUGAUUACACCAUCAAAAUCAUCCUGACCGGAGACGUCAGGGUGGGUAAAACUACAUUCCUCCAUCGCUUCGUGAGUGGUGAGUUUAAUUCACACCUGAAACAGAGUGACGGGAUGGGCCCUCGCACUAAAGUGUUGGAGAGGGACGGGAAGAAAAUACUCACCCGCAUCUGGGAUACUGCAGGUCAGGAACGCUUUCGGAGCCUGACCACAUCUCACUACCGGGAUGUACACGGCUGUCUGCUCUUGUAUGAUGUCACAAACGAACAGAGCUUUGAUCAUGUACUCUAUUGGUACAACGACUUACAAGACAAAUCUGAACCAUUACCAAAGAUUAUUCUGGUUGGCACCAAAUGCCACAUGUACAGAGUAGUCUCGCGAGACCGCGCGGAGAAAUUGGCGGAGAAUUUGGAGGUUCCCUAUAUGGAGGUAAGCGCUGAGCUUGGACUGAACGUUGAGGAGGCGUUUGAAAACAUCACAGAGCAAAUCCUAGAGACGUUAAAACAAAAGUCUGCGUCUAUAACAUUGACUAACACGGCGGCUGUGCGAGAAGAGAAAUGGAAGUGUGGCUGUUCUUGCUGACAAAUAUAAGAUGUGUAAGAAACCGUGGCUGUUUAUUUUUAAACCAGAGCAUGCUGACGUGAACCCGAUUGCUUCUUUUAUAGGAAAAAUGGCAAUGACGCCAUGAUGUCGUGGAUUUACCCUACCAAAAACAGAACAUCAUUACGCCCCCAAGAGAGUCGCACAUGUCCAAAGUUGUUGCUUUUGAGUUGGAUGCUUGAUGUCGAUGAACAGUAUUUUAUCGCAUCCUUUGGGUACGUGUAAUGGACAAAAAAAAAACUGACCCAAAGACAACUAACGGGUAUACACAGAAACAUUCUAUAGGACGAACAAGCUACAAGCAGUUUUGCAAAUAUGGUUGAAUGAAUUUUUCCACCAGUCUGUGAGGUGUAUGCCAGUGGAACGUGUAUAUCUUACCGCUCGCUGUGUCACAUAUAAAUAUGUAAUACCCAUAUGGACAAACGUGACUGAACUGAAAACCAAAUAUACGAUGAGGAAGACUUCCUGGCGGGUUGUAAGCUGUGAAAUUAUAUUUCUUCACUCUGAAGGACAAAUGGUAAAUUGGAUGCGUGUCGAAAGGGUUUAGGCUUUUAUCAUGAGUGUUAGAUUUUUUGAGUGGGAAUUUUUGCCUCACUUAAUUUCAGAGGCAAGUCUGUGAAGCCAGAUAAUGCCGAACAGACUGGACUGAACACAACUGUAAAGUCGUUUUCACCUGUUAAUGAAAACAGGCGAAUGUGAAUAAUCCCGGUCUGAAAACAUGGACAUUCUUGGAUAGGAGGAUUUGGUUAUCAACGUAGUCAUCAAAAUGUUAGCAUUUCAAAAAUGUCAGUUCAAGAAACUCCUGCUACAAUUGGAGUACAUAUGUUGUGGCAUCGCUACCAAAUCUUAGAGAUGACAACGUUUUCUUUCGUGCAGCAUUUUCAUACAUAAAUGCGACAGGCAAAAUGACGACUUCAUGUCAAGCGUAUCCCAUAUGUUGCCGUUGAAGGAUUUGUCAUGUUCACUCCGGCAGCACUUUACCAAAUGGGCAGAAGCGAAACCUCCACUGGCUACUACUAAACUUAGCACUGAAAACAUGCCUCUUUCUAGUGGUAAAGUGGUAAAUAUACUUGUGAUGAAAUGGUCGACAGACCAUAUCUCGAGUCUGA